UUGAUUAUUUUAUUUUUAAUUAUAUUUAUAUAUACUUCUAUUUCUAUACAGUAUUACAGUUUAAUCAGUUUAUAAUAUAUAUAGGUAUUAUAAUGUAAAAGUAAAAAUUAAAAAGUACGAUUUUACAGUUUUACAAAUUAGACACUAGUAACAACGAAGUUGAUUAGCGUUAAGCAAUAUUGUUUAUGCCGCCAAUUCGUCUCAGUUUUUUCCUUUUUUGGUAUUAAUCAUGAUUUCUCUAAGUAGAAAUUAUUCAAUGACAAGUAAAGGAAGAGUGUUAAUCGGUGGUGGAACAGGAUUUGUUGGAAAAUAUUUAAAACAGUAUCUCAAAGAUCAAAAUUAUGAUGUUACUAUCAUAUCUAGAAAAAAUAAUGAAUCUAAUAAAUCUGAUUCUGUUAUAAGUUGGGAUCAAAUAAAAAAUAAUAAAAUUCCACUUGAUACUGUAGCUGUUAUUAAUGCUGCUGGCCAACCAAUCCUCGAACCUACACGAUUAUGGACCACAAAGUUUAAAAAAUCUGUAUGGGAUAGUAGAGUAAUGACUAAUCAAUGGCUUGUUGAUGCAAUCAAUAACAUGAAUUCGCCAAAACCGAAAUUAUUUGUAUCUUUUUCUGGAGUAGGAAUUUAUCCACCAAAUACAGAUAAAUCUAAACCAUACACAGAGAGUUAUGAUGUUAAAGAAUUUGAUUACUUAUCAAAAUUAGCAAUUGGGAUUGAAAAAAGUGCUAUACCAAAAUCAGAUGACGUACGCUCAGUUAUAAUUAGAUUAGGGGUUGUACUUGGCCGACAUGGAGGAUUUAUAAGUCAGCUUUAUCCAUUCUUUCGUUUUGGUUUAGGAAUAUGUAUGGGUGAAGGUUCUCAAUUCUUUCCUUGGAUACAUAUUGAUGACGUUUGUCGUAUAGUGUUGUUUGCUAUUGAAAACAACGAGGUAGAGGGUCUUGUCAAUGGAGUUGCACCUGAAAUAAUUACCCAUCAAUACUUUGCCAAGAGUUUUGUUGAAGUCUUUGGUCAUAGUUUUGUAUUAAAAGUUCCAGGAAUUAUUUUCAAAUUAAUAUUUGGAACGGAACGUGCAAAAAUGGUUUUAGAAGGACAAGCUGUUGAACCAACCAAAUUAAAUAGCUUAAAUUUUGUGUACAAAUUACCUGAUGUCAAAGCAGCACUAUGUCGUGUAUCUAGAGAAUAAUUUGAUGCAUUGGCAACAAUUUCUAAUACAUUUGAUAGUAUUAAAUAUGAGCAGAACAAAGUUGAAUGUUUCUACAAAGCUUCGUCUCCCGUUUGAUAAAGCUCCGCCUGUCCAUUUCUGUGUGUCAAUGGUUGUUUUUCUGGUGCACUAGAAGGCCGAUUGCGUUUGAAGAAUCCACACUAUCAAAAAUCAAUAAAUAAAUUAUUUAAAAAUGCAUUUACAUGUUUGAUUUGUAAAAUUAGUUUUUAUAUAACAACCAAAAAUUCAAAAUUGCAUUAUAAUGUAUUAUUUAUACUAAGCGUCGUAGUAUUUUAAAUGUUACCAAUUUAAUAAAGUUUUAUUAAUAUCA